AUGCCUGCUUAUGUGAUGUGCGUGCGACUGAGAGAGAGUGAACUAAAAACUAACAGAGAAAACAUUGACAGUCUGAGAGACAGGAAUGUUAUACUGACCGAGUUGUGUCGCUGGAGUCUGCGCUUGGCAUGCUGUCGUCGUCCACUGGUCCAGUCUGUAAAGUGUGUGCAGCCUGAGCCAAGCAGCAGCGGCAGCAGCGGCAGCAGCGGCAGCAGCAGCACCCCAAUUGGGCUUCUCAGCGAAGACAACCGGAGCAGGCACUCUCGCAGCCACAGCACUGCGCUGCGCGUCAUGCAUAUUCAGCCCGGGAUUAGGGUGCCUUUUGUGCUCAACGUCAACACUGAACGCUACAGACAGCUCUGGGUUUUAGAGGUGUACCUGUGUGGGAACAGUGCAGAAGCAAAGCGAGCAGUAGCAGAGAUGUCUACCAAGCUGGGCCUCACUGUUCUGGAUAAAGGGUCUCUGUCAGCGGCUGGAGAGCUGGAGGACUUUCCUCUGCAGCUGUUCCCAGAGUGGAGGCUGCCUCUACGCGUGGCUGUCAGCCUCACCGCCUUCUUCUUCUUCUACUUAGUUAUUAGAGAUGUCGUCUACGGGUAUGUUGAACAAGACAAAGACAUCUCCUACAGAAUCAUGGUCUCCCUGGCCAACAAGGUGUUUCCCAUUGUGUCUCUCAUCAUGCUGGCUCUGUGUUAUCUGCCUGGUGGCAUAGCUGCCUUCCUUCAGCUCUACAGAGGAACCAAGUACAGACGCUUCCCUGAUUGGCUGGAUCGUUGGAUGCUCUGCAGGAAGCAGAUGGGUCUGAUUGCGCUGGGUCUUGCUUUUCUCCAUGUCAUCCAUACCUUCAUGACUCCUACUCGCUACUCUGUCAGACACAAACUCAUCACACUUGUGGUGGAUGAGAUGGAGAACAAUAAAACCACUCCAUUUUACUUUGACAACACAGAGGCAUGGGGCCAAGACUCAUUCUAUGCGCUAGGAAUCCUUGGUUUCUUUCUUUAUGUCCUGCUAGGACUAACAUCCCUGCCAUCUGUGGGAGGCUCUCUCAGCUGGAGAGAGUUCAACUUCAUUCAGUCCAAGCUGGGACACCUGACCCUGUUCAUAUGCACAGCACAUGGCUAUAUUUACGGCUGGAAUAAAUUUCUUCGUCCCUCUACCUACAAAUGGUACACUCCUCCAGGCUACAUGCUCUGUUUGAUUGUGCCUUCUGUGGUUCUGGUGCUCAAAGCUCUGGUCCUCCUCCCCUGUGUGGAUCGGACCCUAACGCGCAUUCGACAAGGCUGGGAGAGGAACCAGCCGACGGAGGAGAUCGGUAAGGUCACCAACCUGUGA